GUUCAGUGAGAGAAAUCUUUCUUUUCCUCUAAAUAUUUCUAGCAAACGUGCAUAAAAAUAUUUAAAGAUGUCUCUCGUCAUACCAGAAAAGUUUCAGCAUAUUUUGCGUAUCAUGAGUACCAACAUUGAUGGUAAACGCAAGGUUCCAAUUGCAAUGACAGCAAUCAAGGGAGUUGGACGUCGUUAUUCCCAUGUCGUUCUCAGAAAGGCUGAUGUCGAUACUGACAAAAGAGCUGGAGAAUGUACAGAAGAAGAGGUCGAGAAAAUCGUCACAAUCAUUUCCAAUCCACGUCAAUACAAAAUCCCAGAUUGGUUCCUCAACAGACAAAAGGAUAUCAUUGAUGGUAAAUAUUCACAAUUGACAUCUUCAUUAGUCGAUUCAAAGUUGCGUGAAGAUUUGGAACGUCUUAAGAAGAUCCGUGCUCAUCGUGGUAUGCGUCAUUAUUGGGGACUACGUGUUCGUGGACAGCACACAAAGACCACAGGACGUCGCGGACGUACUGUAGGUGUGUCAAAGAAGAAGUAAACAUUCUUACAUGCUAUUUGUGCAUUAUCAAUAUCAAUGCACUGUUUUUGUAUAAUGCAUCAUGUCUGCAUUAACUUG